AAUGAAAUGUUUUUCUUAUCCAUUGGCAUUUGCACUGCUUCCAUCAUCAAAAACAAAACGAAAAAUGUUUUUUUAUUUAAAAUAAAUAAACUUAACAAAACUACAAAUACAAUAAAACAAAUAAUUUAAGGAUCUUUCCUACAACUCGAAACAAAAAAACAACAAAACAUGCUACCCGGAAUUGGUGUAUUUGGAACUGGAGCUGUAGCAAAAGUCCUUGUUCCCUUACUACGAGAAAAAGGCUUCCAAGUCAAUGCCAUUUGGGGUCGCACUUUAAAAGAUGCCGAAGAAACGGCACGCGAACAAAAAAUCCCCUUUUUCACAAACAAAAUUGACGAUGUACUUCUUAAGAAAGAAGUCGAUCUGGUAUUCAUUAUUUGUCAACCCUAUUUACAUUCAGAAAUCUCUGUCAAAGCUUUGGGCAUUGGCAAACAUGUUGUCUGUGACAAACCAAUGGGCUUAAGUCAAGCUGACGCCGUUAAAAUGGUUCGCGCUUCUCAGUAUUAUCCAACUCUCAUUACUUUGGUCAAUCAUUCCUUGAGAUUUCUUCCAGCAGUGACUCAUUUAAAACGGGCACUCCACGAAGAACUAAUUGGACCCAUUCAAGACAUCACAUUGAUUGAUGUUCGAGUCCAAAUGGGUUCAUUGUUUCCCGACAAAUUCGAUUGGAUGUGUGACGCUGCAAUGGGCGGUGGGGCUUUGAAUCUUGUGGGAAGCCAUGUUGUGGAUUUGGUGAGUUUUCUUCUCAAUCAAAGGGCUAUUAGGGUUCAUGGGUUGGUUAAGGCCUACACAAAAACUACUCCAUCGGUGAAUGGAAUUCGUCAAAUAUCUGCCCCAGAUUUCUGUAACUUCCAAAUGGAACUGGAAGGGGGAACAUUGGUGACGGCGACACUACAUAGUCACAUGAUGGCUUCAAAUUCGUUUGUCCAAGAGAUAAUGGUCUGUGGGAAGAAUGGUCAUUUGGUGGUCCGAGGGGGAGAUUUAUUUGUCCUCCGUUCGAAAGAUGACAAUCAAGUUAAGGAAGAGGCCAUCUACGUGGAUGUCCAAGAUCUUCACUUCUCGACGUCAGACACACAUCUUCCAAAGCCUUAUAUAAAAGGUCUUUGUAAGAUGGUGGGUGCUCUUAAGGAGGCAUUUGCACAAAAAGACUCAUCAUGGGUCAAAGAGCAUGUCCAAGUGGCAGCCACAUUCGAGGAUGGUCUCUAUGUUCAGGCAGUUCUAGAAGCCAUUCGUAAAUCAAGUGACAAUCGGACAUGGCAACGAGUGGUCAUCAGCUCAGAUUCACCUACAAAUCAUGACAAAAUCAUGCGAUUCGCUCGAAUGGCUGCAAUGUAGACAAUAGGACAGACAUACAUCAAAAGCACUUAAAGACUGCUCAAAAGGUGGAGGCGUUUUUUUUUUCUAAAAACUAAUUUAUUUUUCAUUUGCAAAUACACACAUCUCUAGAAUUAGACGUUAUAAAAAAAAUUAAUAAAAAAUAUAUAAAUUAUUUCUA